CCUUCAUUCAUAACUUGUAGAUGAUUGUGUGUACAUCGAUUAAUUCGAAAUAUUAAUUUCAAGAAAGAUUUUACAAACAUAUUUUUCAUCCAUUAUAUUCUUGACUGUCACAAAUUGAUCUAUUUCACUUUCCUACUUGGAAUGAGCAAUUACCUACUCUGAUAUUUUACUUGAUUAACACUUUCAAUGCAAGCUCAUGUAUUGACUAGUGAUAAUUGAAUGGCACAAUCAUAAUUAAUAUUCAUGUUCACAAGAGAUGUUUUAAUCGAUCAAGUGCUUCCACCUAGAGCUGCAAAUGAGCCGAGCUGUUCGCGAGCGGCUCGGUGUUCAACUCGAGAAAAGCUCGUUCGAAACUCGGCUCGUUAAUAAACGAGCCGAACAUGAGCUAAGCUUUCUUCAGCUCGUGAAGCUCGCGAGGUAGCUCAACUCAGUGGCUUGUUGAGCUAAACUCGUGAGCUGGCCCGUUUAGAGCUCAUGAUAUGUCUCAAGAUGUAACUAGAGAGCCAACUCGAUUGCCGACGUAUGGACGAAUCAAUCUAUAUCUUUUGUUUUUAAUUCAUAUGGUUGUUAAAUUAUAUAUCUCACCAUAUAUAAAGUUUAAAACGUUGAGUAUGUGAGAAAAUAUAUCUUAUUUUCUACUUAAAAAAAAAUAUGUAUCAUAAAUUGCUUCGUUACUAUGAAAUAACAUGAUUUGGAGUAGUUAAAAUUUAUUAACUAAAUGAUAUAUGAUACCAACAAAGUAUAAUAUGCUAUUAGCUAACAAACCCAAAUAAAAGUUAAGAUUUUAGUAAACAAGCUAGCUCGAUCUCGACUCGUUUAUUAACAAGCCGAUCUCAAGCUGGGGAAAAACUCGACUCAGCUCGGCUCAUUUGCAGCCCUGCUUCCACCUCAAUUAUACAAUUAAAGAGUAGUGCUAUUUUUGCCAAUAGAUUGGGGUAAUUUCUAGAGUAUAGUUGUUAGAUUGCUUAGUUAAAACUUAAAUAUAAACGGGUGUUGUUAUCUAAAUAUAUUCAAAGCCGAAUUUUUUUUUUUUUUUUAACGAAGUAAAAUUCAUGCCACAAUCACCAAAGUUUAACAUAAGCUGACGAAAUCCCAACUGAACUCCCCGUCUAACCCAGUGGGAAAUCUACCCUCUUUGAGCCCAUCCAAAAUACUUUCAGGGCCCACUACUUCAAUUGCACUUCCAUCAUUGUAUAGUCUAGCCCAAAACAGAAAGCCCAGUAGGUCGUCAGCCCGCUCACGGAGGAAAAGUGCGCGGCAACAGAGAAUAGUUCCGUUCACUGGUUGACAGCGUAUAAGGACGUGGCAACUAUCCCAAGCCCAAAGCGUGGGUCCCACAUAUCACGAGCUGUCAUGUUAUCAUUCGCUGACUCGGAUCACUGUCAACUUUUAAAUUUGUUGCAUUCGGAUAAGGUGAGUCACGUCUUCGUACUUUUCUCUCAAGCAUUAUUCAUUACUUAUUUUCCAAAUUAACAGAGUAUAGAUCGUUGAAUCAUGAAUGUAUUUAAAUCUGAGUUUUAGAGGAAUAUGAAUAUGAUUAGUAUAAGAAAAAUCUGAUUUAAAAAGUGUACUUAAGAUCCAAGGAUUCGGAUAAGACUUCCACGUCAUCAUAUGACAUUUAUAAAUAUCACUACCUUUUCUCCCCCAGAUUGAGAACAAUCGCAUUUCAUCAUCGUCUUCAACCUUCUCAUCAAAAUCAAUCCUUCCUUUCCUCUCACCCUGGUUUGGUUCAUCGGAAAAUUCGCAGUCGAAGUGAAAAUGUUGGCCAUCUUCAAGAAAGGUGUGGUGAAUCCACCUCAGGAGCUCAACAGCCCAGCUUACCACUCCUACUCUUCUUCCUCCGCCCCGCGGCCACCGAAGCUCCCUCACCAGAUCGUCGACGAAUUCCUCUCCUCCAACCCUGCCGACUCCUUCUCGAUCAAGUUCCGCGACAAUGCCCUGCUCGCUUGCGCCCCACGCCGCAGCUCUCUCGGCUCUCACCAGAGGGUGUUCUGCGGAGCGAACGACGUCUACUGCGUUUUCACGGGGAGCUUGAUCAACCUCUGCAGCUUGAACAAGCAGUACGGCCUCUCCAAGGGCACCAACGAGGCAAUGUUCGUGAUCCAGGCGUACCUGACCCUUCGCGAUCGCGGCCCUUACCCUGCUCACAAGGUUCUCAAGGACCUCGAGGGCGAAUUCGGAUUCGUCCUCUACGACUCCAAGUCGGGCCGAGUCUUCGCUGCUCGGGGAGCCAGUGAAGGAGUGGGGCUGUACUGGGGAAUAGCAGCAGACGGCUCGGUUGUGAUUACCGACGACUUGGAGGGGAUAAAGGGGAGCUGCGGGAAGUCGUUUGCUCAGUUCCCGGCGGGGUUCAUGUUGGAGAGCGAAGAAGGGCUGACGAGCUUCGAGCAUCCAUGGAGUCAGAUCAGAGCCAUGCCAAGAAUCGACAGUGAAGGAGUCAUGUGCGGAGCUGAUUUCAAGGUCGACGUUCAGACCAGGGCUGCUAAUGCAAACACAAUGCCUCGCGUCGGCAGCGAGGCCAACUGGGCUCUGGGCGGUUCACAAGCCUGAACAGUCGGUUUCUUCGACGCGACUCGACUUAAACACUGAGAUCUAACUUUGAAUGCUGUUUUUUUUUCAUGUUUUUUUUUCUUCUUCUGCUAAUGUGCUGUUCUAGUUAUGAGUCUUGGGUUUCAGAUGCUUUCCUGGAAAAAAGAAAUGUGACUUCGUCCC